UUCAAGAGAAUGAGGCUCUCUUUUGGAGAGAUGGGGAGUCCUGAGGGUUGUUGCCCAUCUUUACCCGUUGGCGAUCCGCCGGAGCCGAUGAGUUUGCCCUCUGAAAAAGUAAACAACCCUUCUUCUUCUUCGUCGUCGUCUUCCUUUUCUUUUCCUUUCUUUUUAUGAUUUUACUACGAUGGAAGUUCAUAUACAUAUAUGUUGCUUUUGCCAUAUGCAUGCUCUGUCUCUCUUUCUCUCUCUUUUCUCUCUCAAAUCAAAAACGUAACGAGGCUGUGACGAUCUUGGUGGUUCUCAAGAGUGUCAAAAUCGAGCACGGCAGAGCAUCCGUUCCACGGCGAGGCGACCCGGAUGGCCUUUGGGAAGAAGUUGCCACCCGCCGGCAACCGGUUUGUCGCAGCCGUGACGGAGUUUCUCCAUGUCUCUGAUCAAAACCAUAUCUGAGCCUCCCCCCUCUACCAAUUUCCAUCUUACAUCAAAACUCAUUCCUUUUAAACAUUGCAUUAUAAAAAUCUGAACUUUUUAACUGGAACACUGAAUUGGCGUAUUAAAAUUUAAGAUUUCGAUCUAAAUUAUCGAAUAAAACCUAAAAAUUUGAGAUUGAAGCAUAAAGUAGCCAACUUUACUCUAGUGAGGAUGGAAACAGGACGACCCAGAACCAGGAAAGGGCCCCUUUGGGAAUGACCAGGAUGUCCUUGUUUCUUGAUGGGGCCUUUUGACUGAGUUGAAAGUGGAGGGGUAAAAAUGUGGAAUGAGAAUAACAUGAACAGGAUUAAAGGGGGCAGGAAUUAGGGUUUCAUAACUCAUUAGUUUAAGAAUGAGGCUCUGCUCUCAGGAAGGUUGAAGGUUCCAAGGGUGGUUGCCUCCCUUCUCUGAUCGACAGCGGAGUCGGUGAUUUCACCUCUGUGCAUGCCGGAUUAGUAUAAUAAUAAUCAAUAGCUCUGGACACAAACUGAGAAGAGAUAACCAUCGGAUUUUCUCUCUUCCUUUCCUUUACCUUUCCUUUUUCAUUAUCAUCAUCACCAUUUCUUUCGCUGCUCUGUUCUUCUUCUUCUUCUUCUUCUUCUUCUUCUCUUGAAAUGAGGCUGUGAUGAAAUCUUGAAAAAAGAAACUGGCUUUGAAGGGAAAGGCUGUAGUUUGGCGGGGCAACCUCUGGGGUCACCGAGGAAUGAUGGGUUUUCCCGACCGUUCAUUCGCGGUGGCAACUGUUGCAGCCACCGGCCCUGUUCCUUCGCCUGUCUGAGAAAAGGCGAAUCUGAGCCUCCCUCCCCCAACCAUACUCUGCAUCUUUUUUCUAUUUUCACAUGGAAAAUCCAAGAAAAUGAGU